GCAGGUGCAGACCAGCUCUGGUCAGGAACCCUUGAACUCGUGCAAACACGCCACAAGCCCAUGCUUUACCCCUUUGGAGAUUUUUGUUUUAGGUCCAGCAGCGCUCGGGGCCUGAGCCAGCUGCCAGCCACCAGACCUGAGCGCACAGGGGACGGACAGCGGGGGAUCCACCAUCAGCCUGGCGCUGCCCUGCGCCGUCAAGAUGCUGCCCCAAAAAACCUUAUGUUAGAGGAAUCUUCAGACUGAAAAAUGUGUGCUGGGAUGGCUGGAGAAGGCUGUGAUUUGCAGUUGAGCUGAGGGAGGCGUGAAGCAUCGUCCAUCCCCUGCUGACAUUUGAGAGUCAGAAGUAUGGAUCUUCGGCAUCUGCUGUUUACUUUGGCACUGAUCUGUGCAAAUGACUCACAUUCUGCAAKCGAUGACCUUUUGCAGUGGCCACAAAUCAGCAAAUGCAGAUCACCUGAAAUGGAGACAUUUUCAUGUUAUUGGACUGCUGGAAAUUUUUAUAACCUCACUGCUCCAAGAAUAAUACAGCUGUUGUACAAGAAAAGUAAUGAGGAAGACUGGAAAGAAUGCCCUGAUUAUAUCACUUCAGGACAAAACAGCUGUUAUUUCAACGCAUCCUACACCUCUGUUUGGACACCAUACUGUGUUCAGCUUGCCAGUGAAAAUGAAGUAUUUGAUAAAAAAUGUUUCAGUGUUGAUGAAAUAGUGCUACCUGAUCCCCCUGUCCACCUUAACUGGACUCUGCUAAAUACUAGUCAGACUGGGAUCCAUGGGGAUAUCCAGGUAAGAUGGGAUCCACCACCAACAGCAGAUGUUCGGAAGGGAUGGAUUACUCUGGAGUAUGAAUUGCAGUACAAAGAAGUUAAUGAGACAAAAUGGAAGGAGUUAAAACCCCGGCUCUCAACAAUGGUUCCACUGUAUUCUCUGAAGACRGCAAGAGAUUACGAGAUAAGGAUCCGAUCAAGACAAAGAACUUCUGAAAAAUUCGGGGAGUUCAGUGAAAUCCUUUAUGUAUCAUUUUCUCAAAUAGGCAUUGGAUGUGAUCAUUGUGCAGACGAAGUUGAGUUUCCAUGGUUCUUAGUUGUUGUCUUUGGAGUGUGUGGGCUGGCUGUAACUGUGAUCUCAAUCCUGCUGUCAAAACAACCAAGGUUAAAAAUGCUUAUUUUYCCUCCUGUGCCAGUUCCAAAGAUAAAAGGGAUUGACCCAGAUCUCUUGAAGAAAGGAAAGCUUGAUGAAGUGAAUUCCAUCUUAGCCUGCCAUGACUACAAGACACAGCUAUACAAUGAUGACUUGUGGGUUGAGUUUAUUGAACUGGACAUAGAAGACCCUGAUGAAAAGAACAGAGCCUCAGAUACCGACAGGCUCCUGAGUGAAGAACAUCUGAAAUCUCACGGUUGCUUGGGAGCAAAGGAUGAUGAUUCUGGACGGGCCAGUUGCUGUGAACCAGAUAUUCCAGAGACAGACUUCAGUGCAAGUGACACGUGUGAUGCCACCUCUGACAGUGAUCAGUUCAAAAAGGCUACUGAAAAGGAAGAGGAUCUCUUGUGCCUUGACAGACAAGAUAAUGAGUCACUUCCAAGCGUUGCCAACACAAACCCCCAGCGCCGGCACAGGAAUACCCAGUCUGAAAACAGCCACCCAUGGGCACCCUUUGYAGACAGCAUUGAGUCACCCCGUCUGUCGGUCCAUACCCAGAUGAGCAACCAGAAUUCCUUGACAAGUACUGACUUUUAUGCUCAAGUGAGUGAUAUUACUCCAGCAGGCAGAGUUGUACUUUCACCAGGGCAGAAGUCCAAGUUGGGGAGAGCACAGCGUGAAGGCUGCACAGAACAAAACUUCACCAUGGACAACACCUAUUUCUGUGAGGCAGAUGUGAAAAAAUGCAUUGCUGUGACCUCCCCCGAAGAGAAUGAGCCACAUGUUCAGGAACAAAGCUAUAAUGACGACGCCUACUUCACCACAGAGAGCCUUACCACUACUGUUGCCAAUCUUGGAGCUCCAACAGCAGAGCCCCCAAGUUCAGAGAUGCCUGUCGCAGACUAUACAUCAAUCCACAUCGUUCACUCUCCACAAGGCCUUGUGCUGAAUGCAACUGCUUUGCCAGUGCCAGACAAGGAAUUCAAUGUGUCUUGUGGCUAUGUGAGCACAGACCAGCUGAACAAAAUCAUGCCAUAGCUCUGUUUUGACUAGAUGUGCGUAGUGUUUCAUAGCAGAGAGUCAGGUCUGGGCUUGUAUGCUGAAACCAAAAUGAAGUGAAAAAGUUUCUUGUGGUUCUUAUAAUUUUAGCUGAAAUGUUGCAACGUAAAAUACACAUCAAAAUAUUCCUAUUGUGUUCUGUAAAUAUUAUCUAUGAUUUGUCUUGAGGCUGUUUYGUCUUGUUCUUGUGGGUGUUGAUUUUUGUGAAAUUAAACAUUUAAAUUACUGUUUAAUAUACAGUAAAUAGUGCAUUUUGAUAAAGCUAAAAAUCAGGGGGUUUAAAGUAAGAAUUUAGAAAAAACUGCUGUUGGCAGAGAUCUUUAUAUCAGUAAUUGGGAAUUGACCAUAUAGGUGAAAACACAAAACUAGUUAGACUAAAUAACACAUCUAUUUUGAUUUAUAUAAAUUGGUAAAAUAUAUUUUAAUACUUUGGUCAUAAAACCAUAAAUAUUUUCUAUUACACUACACACUGUAGUUGAAUUAUGGUGACCCAUUUAAGGAAUGUAAUUGCUGCAGUCCUAAAAAGGAGUUUUCUGUUUUAUAAAAUUUUAUUCACAGCUAGAAGAAAAAAUAGAUUUUUACAGAGCCAUUUUGUACCUCCAAAGAAUUCUGUAGAAAAGUUUUGAAAUGUAGUAGGAAUUUAAAAGUAACUGAUUCUGUGACUUUCUUAUGGUAACUAGUAUAUAAAUACACAUGCAAUUUAAAGUUCUGUAUAAAAUUUUAAAAUAUACAGAAUACUUGGGCAAAUUGU